UUCAUAAACAGCUCGUCAACCACCUCGGUAGCUUGCUAGCUAACAUACCCGAAAGAUUCAAGCUAUUUAUACGCUUUCGGUGUAUAUUACCUACUGUGUUUUAGACACACGUCUGUCGUAUCUACUUGUUAACUUAUUUAAUUUAAUAUUACGUUAUUUUGUAUUAGUCAGCUAUAGUAGCUGGCUGGUUAAGUUAGCACUAGCCUAGUCGCUAAUGAUAGCUAGCUAGCUAGCAUCCCCGAACAUGAGCUCCCUAAACUACUCGCCUCAUGUUAAAGAAGAGGAGGUCUGUUGGACGGAGAAAGAAGCUCUGGGGCUGAACAUUGUCGUGAAAGAGGAGAAGGAAGAAGAGGAUGUCACAGUUAAACAAGAAGUAGAAGGUGAGGCUGUUACAGUGAAAGAAGAGGAAGACGCGUUCAGAGUGAAAGAGGAUGAGGAUGUUACUGUUAAAGAAGAGGAAGUGAAAGAGGAGGAUGCUGUUUUUAGGGUGAAAGAGGAGGAGGGGGAGAUGACUGUCACAUUGGAAGAAGACGAGGAUGAAGAGGAUGAAACGGGAUAUCUGGGCCCGGUUUCCCAAAGGCAUGUUAAGGCAUCCAAUGGUUCUAACGAUGAACAGGCCCUGAUUAACACUAGAGAGAUACUUAACUAUCGUAAAUCCUCUGGGGAGCCUCAACAACCUCGUGAUGCUGAAGAGGCAGAGAAGAGUCUCUCCAGAUCAGAACACCUCAAUAAACACCAGCAGAGAUCCACAGGGAAGAGAACUCACUGCUGCUCUGACUGUGGGAAGAGAUUCACCUCAUCAUCAGGCAUUAUAAUUCAUCAGAGAAUCCACACAGGAGAGAAACCUUAUAUCUGUGAUCAAUGUGGGAAGACUUUUGGUCGAUCUGAAAAUCUGACAGUGCACCAGAGAAUACACACAGGAGAGAAACCUUAUAGCUGUGAUCAAUGUGGGAAGAGUUUUGGUGGAUCUAGAGAGCUGACAGUGCACCAGAGAAUACACACAGGAGAGAAACCUUAUAGCUGUGAUCAAUGUGGGAAGAGUUUUACUACAUCUAGCCAUUUGACAUUACACCAGAGAACACACACAGGAGAGAAACCUUAUAUCUGUGAUCAAUGUGAGAAGAGUUUUGGUCAAUCUGGACAGCUGACAGUGCACCAGAGAACACACACAGGAGAGAAACCUUAUAGCUGUGAUCAAUGUGGGAAGAGAUAUACUUUAUCUGGCUCUCUGACUAUACACCAGAGAACACACACAGGAGAGAAACCUUUUAUCUGUGGUCAGUGUGGGAAGAGUUUUGGUCGAUCUGGCUCUCUGACUCUACACCAGAGAACACACACAGGAGAGAAAUUGCAUAGCUGUGGUCAAUGUGGGAAGAGUUUUGCUGCAUCUAGCACUCUGACUCGACACAAGAGAACACACACAGGAGAGAAACCUUAUAGCUGUGGUCAAUGUGGGAAGAGUUUUAAUACAUCUGGCAAUCUGACUAUACACCAGAGAACACACACAGGAGAUAAACCUUAUAGCUGUGGUCAAUGUGAGAAAAGUUUUGGUCAAUCUAGCCAUCUGACAGUGCACCAGAGAAGACACACAGGAGAGAAACCUUAUAGCUGUACUCAAUGUGGGAAGAGUUUUGUUCAAUCUAGCCAGCUCACAUUACACCAGAGAACACACACAGGAGAGAAAUCUUAUAGCUGUGGUCAAUGUGGAAAGAGUUUUGCUGCAUGUAGCAUUCUGACUCUACACCAGAGAAUACACACAGGAGAAAAAUAUUUUAGCUGUGGUCAAUGUGGGAAGAGUUUUGUUCAAUCUGGCCAUCUGACUCGACACCAGAGAACACACACAGGAGAGAAAGCUUAUAGCUGUGACUAG